AUGGCGGAUACGUGGGUUGUCGUCGGCGCCUCUCGAGGUAUUGGCCUUGAGUUCGUCCGUCAACUACUACAGAACAGUCACCACGUCAUCGCAGGGAUCCGCGACUUGUCGAAGGCCGAUCAACUUUUCGAGUUAAGAUCUCAUCACACAUCGCCAGAGCGCUGUAUGAUUGAAGAGUGCGACAUUACAAAUGAAGAGAGUAUUCACAAAUUUGCAAAUAAAGUCGGGGAAGCUGCCCGAAGUGGACUGAAUGUCAAGAAUAUUGUACUCAAUGCUGGCAUUCUUAAAUACCCCAACCGUGCAACUGAAAUCUCCUUUUCCGACUUUGCUCUUCAUUUGCAUACCAAUACUAUCGGUCCCAUUAUCUGUGCCCAGAAACUCGUGAAUCUCAGCCCAGAAUCACCACCUUCCAAGGUUGUCUUUGUUUCCUCGGACUCUGGCUCGACUACCAUCUUCCGGGAUGAUGAAGAUGGAUUUGGGGCCUACAGCGCAAGUAAGGCCGCGCUGAAUCAAAUGCUUCGUCAUAUGGCGGCCGAAUUAACGCGAAGGGGCGAGAAGUGGAGCAAUACAUGCAUCCUAGCAAUGCAUCCAGGUGAAGUUCAAACAGAUAUGGCCAACAUUGAUCUCGGUUGGGAAGUGCAAGGGUCCAUCCAGGCCGAUGAAAGCGUUACAGGAAUGCUCAAGGUCAUCGAGCAGAAGAAUGAGAGUGGCAGUUUCUGGUGCUGGGAUGGAAGAUUCAUACUCAGCGACACCCCUGGUGAUGAGAAGAUAGUAACACAAAUUCAGCUGAUACAUUAUGUCGAAUAA